GUGGCUUUGUUGGCCGCGAGUGUCUGGUGGUGUCGGCCGCGCGGAACCGCAGUGCCGUGCAGCCCAGGAAGUGCAGUGAAAGGCUUCUCUUUUCUUGGCCGCUUUGAGUCUGGUGGUGAAAAAUGGCGGUUUAUUAAGGACUCCUGGAUCACCCCGACACGCGUUUUGGAAGACUUGGACCUCAGAUAGGACUACUUGUGCCCCGUAAUUAUCUACAAUUAGAUCAGAGAUUUAGGACUGGCCCGAUUUCUCUCAUCCACUUACCAACUGAAUUUUCCGGACUAUGGACACGCAUGAGGAUCAUGAUACAUCUACCGAGAAUGCCGACGAGUCCAACCACGACCCCCAGUUCGAGCCAAUAGUUUCUCUUCCUGAGCAAGAAAUUAAAACGUUGGAGGAAGAUGAAGAGGAACUUUUUAAAAUGCGGGCCAAGCUGUUCCGGUUCGCCUCCGAGAACGACCUCCCGGAGUGGAAGGAGCGCGGCACUGGCGAUGUCAAGCUCCUCAAGCACAAGGAGAAGGGGACCAUCCGCCUCCUCAUGCGGAGGGACAAGACGCUGAAGAUCUGCGCCAACCACUACAUCACUCCGAUGAUGGAGCUCAAGCCGAACGCGGGCAGCGACCGCGCAUGGGUCUGGAACACCCACGCCGACUUCGCCGACGAGUGCCCCAAGCCGGAGCUGCUGGCCAUCCGCUUCCUAAACGCCGAGAAUGCACAGAAAUUCAAAACGAAGUUCGAAGAAUGCAGGAAAGAGAUUGAAGAGAGAGAAAAGAAAGGGCCAGGCAAGAACGACAAUGCCGACAAAGUAGCCGAGAAGCUGGAGGCUCUUUCCGUGAAAGAGGAGACCAAGGAGCCCGGAGACCAGACCAAGGAGGAGGCCGAGAAGCAAUAAACCCCAACUUCCUUUUCCUCUUCUUUUUCUUUUUUAAAGUUUUUCCCUGCCCCUCCUUUUCGGUUUGUUUUUAUUCUGUUUUGUU